AUGUCGGCCAACUCUUUGCGACAGUGGCUGAAAGUCGCACGAAAGCAGGUGAAACAGAUCCGUCAAACUCUGGACGAAGAGCUGCAAAAUGUACUAGAGAGAAACAUACCCAGGCCUCAAAAGGCUCUUGUGAGAGUUCCCAUUCCAGUAAAGCCAAGCACCACCUUUGGUAAAGGCUCUCGGUUCUUGCAUACGAUCACGCGCGGCACUGCACAGGAUGCAAGAGCCGGUCAAAAAGCGUUUGCCGGUUCAGCACCCAGGUUUAGCUCGUAUGGCAAAAAGGGCGUCUUUGCCAACUUUAACGGCUCUUAUCGGGCUCCCAGAGGUGCUCCUCGUGGUCUGUUUACUAACUGGAACAUGAGCACGAUGCGCUUUGCACCAGGUCGCUCUUACUCGACGUCUGCCAUUAAAAUCACCCACGAUGCAGCCCAAAACCUAUCCAUCUCUCUGCGGUGUUUUUUCAACCUUUGGGAGGGGUUCUCUCCCCUUGACACGCAGCAUAACACCGGCAAACUUGCUUUGCGUGAAUCUGGUGCAGGCACGAAACCUUUGGGCAACCAAGCCAUCUCAAUGAUUCGUGCAAUGGAGGUGUGUCGUAUGAUCCAAGAUCACAGACAAGAGUUGGUUUUUGACGACGAAAAUGAGACCGAAUCGUUAGGCUGUGUCGUCGAGUUCCAGUUGCCACGCCUUGACGUGUCGAAGAUGCCCACUUUUGUCUUUGCGAGCGACGAAGCACUCGACAACUGGCGUCACGAGCUCAUGACUUGCAACACGCGGAUGCGAGAAAUUGAGGAAAGUGUGCGAACCAUUCACAAAAACUACGGUGCUUUGCCUUUGGAGUUUGGUGAGUCCUACGUCCGGGUUCGGUUUCCGAACCUCACAAUGAACGAGGCAGAGGUUUUAAUGCGAGAUUUGGGCUUAACUCUGGGACUAGUUCUUCCUGAACAACAAGCGAACCCUAAGCACAGCUCAAGGCGGCAAGAGCCUUGGCCUGAUGCUUUCGAAAACGACUUGGGCCCUCGAAGUUGUCGUUCAACGUCAGAUUUCGGUUCUGUUCUCUCAUCGUCUUCGACGUCAGAAACACAUUUUUCGGAGUUUUCAGUGUUAUCGUCCCAGGCUUAG